UUCCACGGGGGCUCAAGUGUUCCUUCCCAGGGCUGGAACGAGAUCCCCGGGAUUGUUAGGAUUGGAGUGUUGAGAGGGAUGAGGCACCAGCAGGAAUUAAAGGCUCUGAGGCAUCAGGAAUGUGAUGAAGAGGCUGAAUCUCAUCCAUGUCCAUGUUUUUCCUGGAAAGCCGUGCCGCCAGAUGCAGCCCUUUACAAGGCCAAGUGCACGCUUCCAUCAGGGAUGCGGGAUGGAGGAAGGUCACGGGUGGGAUGGAGGAAUGCCAUUGGAGCCGGGAUGGAGACGUGAGUUGCUGCUCUUCGCUUUCCAGGUCUGUUCUUCCAGCUCUUUUUUUUUUUUUUGGGAUAUGAUUUAGGCCGGUUUGGAGGGAGCGUCCCGUUCCCUGGUGUGUGGGAGCAUGGGGAGGGCACGGAAUCCUGGAAUGGUUUGGGAUGGAAGGAACCUUAAGGAUCAUCCAAUUCCACCCCCCUGCCACGGGCAGGGACACCUCCAACUAGCUCAGGUUGUUCCAAGCCGGCUCCAGGGCUGGAAGCCUCUCCCGAGCUCUGGAAGUGCAGCGCUUCCAAACGCGGCCUCUCGGCUCCCUCUAGAGCCAGAGAGAAGGAAAAAACUUCCAAAAGUUGCUCCACCUGCUCCUGAAAUCGUCAGCUGCAGGGUCCCGUCCUUUCCCAGGCAGAGAGAGAGGUGUGGCGGUGAUGCCAGAAUCCUGGACCUAAAAAUUCCCAUUCCACCAAGAAAUUCCUACCUUGCACACAUCAGCCAUUCAGGAAACCUGGUGAGUCCUCCAGGUUGGUGUGGGGUAUCCCAACACUCCUGGAGAAAAGGACAUGGCUGUUUUUCCGGGAGGAGGGAGGGCUGGAGGCAGGAAGGGGCUUUUGAAUCCCUUGGGAUCUCCUUGCCGUGUGUGGUGGCUCCAUUCCCAGCCUGAGCUCCCAUUUCCCAUCAUAAAUAACAGCAUCUCCUUUCCCUCUGGCUCCCAACAGAGAUGGCCGGGGAUCCCUGAAUGCGUGUCCUUGCUGGGGACAAAUCCACAGGGAUGCAGGAGGGAGAAUUCCCAAAAAUGGCAAUCAAGGAUCUUCCUUUAUAAUGGAUUUUGGGAGCCUGCAUUGGCAAAGCCUCCUCGUUGAGCAAGAGGGGCCUGACGAGAAUUCCAUGAGCGAGCUUCCUGCAGGGAGCAAAGGGCAGUGGGAGCGCGUCCCUGCCUGGCCGGCACCUCCCGGGGAUUUCGGACAGCAAAGGGACCGUGGCGAGGAGGAAGAGGAGGAGGAAGGCACCCGGGAAUUCCCUCAGCUCCCUGUGCUGGAUCCCAGGCCAUGGCGGCCACCACGGUGACCGACGCCGGCAGCGUGAGGAUCAUCACAGAGGUGAUCCCGGCCACGGAUCCCCGGGCGGCCCAGCUGGCCUCAGGCUCCCAGGCACCUGCCAGGACGUCAUUCCAAACACAAGGCUUCCGGAGGGCGCAUCCCAAGGUGUUGGGGACCAUCCACAUCUUCGCCGGAAUCGUCCACAUCCUCUUCGGGAUCAUCCUGACAUCAUCAGAGCACAGGAACCCUUCCCUCCCUGUGGCCAGCGGGAUCCUCUUCUGGCUGGGGGUCCUGUAGCUCCUGCUCUCGGGCUCAUUGCUGGUGGAAAGUGAAAGAAGAGACAGCCCUGUGCUGGUCAAGGCCUGCUGCGUGGUCAGCGUGGCCGUGGUGCUGGGCACGCUGGUGGCCGCGGGCAUCCACGGCACGGCCAUCACCCGGACCAUGCCCGGCUGCGAGAAGCCCCGGCCCUUCCAGGUGCGCCCGGAAUGGUGUCUCCACAUGGAGGGCAAGAUCCUGAGCAACGCGCUGGAUUCCACCUUGGCGCUGCUCGCCCUGCUGGAAUUCUGCGUGGCCGUGGCGGUGCUGGCGUUCGGGCUCGGCACAGCGCGGCCCCACACGUACACCCGGCUGCUGAGGGCAGGCGGCCACCCGCGGGAAUCCCCGGAAUCCUGAGCCACCCUUCCUUCCUCCCAAGGGCCGCCCCAAUCCGGGCGUUCCUGACGCCUCCCGGAGGUUUUCCCUGGAUUGUUUGGCUUUCCCAGGCGCUGUAGCCGCGGCACGUGGUGCUGGAGCCCCCUGGGAUGCCCUCAGCGUGUUGGGUCCCCAAUAAAGGCGUCUCCCCCAGCCCAGCCCGCGCGUGUCUCCGGGGGUUACUCGGGAUGCGGGGGGGUUCGGCCCGGGUGUGUUUAGGGGAGUUCGGGGGGUCCCGGUACCGGCGGCCGCGG